CUGACCAAUAUAAGAUGUGUUUUGCAUAUGAAUGGGAAAAAAGAUGGCAAAAAAGAUCAGAAAAGGUGUUGCGUAAAAUUGAAGCAAACUUUACAGAUAAUAAUAACAGAAAAUGCCAAAUUGUUGAGUCAGAAAUAGAUGUAUAUGUAAAUAAAUUAGAUAGGUAUGAUGAAUUUGAUAAUCUACUUCUUAAAACUUUACCAAAAAAAUUUUCAACUGAAAAUAAUAUGGAUUCAGAUAAUGUACCUGAAGAACUCCAAGGGCUUACAGAAAUUGAAGAGAUCUCCUUCAUUCAAAGAGUAUCUAGUUGUAGUCAAAAUAGCAUCGAAAUUGAAGAAAAUAAAGCUUUAGCUACGAAUGUUAUCAACUACCAAA